UUUUCUUCUUUAAUGCAAUUUGUAAGUGAUGCAAAGUUAAAUUAGGAAACGGAGGCAAAUUCAAAAAUAACAACUUUAGAGAGUAACAUGUAUUUUUAACAUAGAUAACAUCAAUAAAAUCAUUAAUGAAUAGGAUGGAUUAAUGAAAUAGAUUAAACUAUUUGAAGAGGUUCACAGAAUCGAAGAAUAAAUCCACCUUUUAUAAAACAGAAUAGAUGAUUAUGAAAAUUGUGGGAAGCAUAAAUCUAGUAAGCAAAAUACUUCUUAAUUAUCUUAUCAAAUUAAAUAACUCGAAACAAGGAUGAUAGAGAUGGACAACUAGAUUUUGAAUUCUAAAACAUAACCUAGACGUCCUGAAAUUCUUUAAAUUGAAAACACCUUUAAAAAGAACAUGAACACUGUUAAAUUAGAUGUGCAAUAAGAAUAUAAAAAUAUUUAUAAAGUAUUUGCUUGAUUAAAUCUAGGAAAUGAAUGGAUUGCGAUGCGAUUUAGAUUAUGUAAUUAACAGUUAAGUGAAGUAAAAGAUUACUAAUAAAAUUAAAUCUUAGAAUAUUAAUCUAGACAAUAAUAAGCUACUAUAUAUAAAUUUAUUAGAAUUAGAAACUUUUAUUGAAGAGCUUGAUUUAUAUGAAAAUCAAAAUACACAACGAUUUCUUGAAGAAUUGAUUAAUUGUGAUUCAGAAAAGGCUAAAUCACUCAAUUAUUAAUUGGCAGGAACAAAAAGAAAAUAUUUAAGUGAAAUUAAGAAGAUUGAACAUAAAUUUAAGAUUUUAGCCGAAUUGGUACAAACACAAUCCCCAUAAGAAAAAUAUACUAUAUAAUUGAACUACCAAAUGAAUCAAAUAGUUUAGAGAUUGCAUAAAAACAUUGAUAUGUUACUAUUAAAGAUUAGUGAAUAAUUACGAUGA